CCACUAAGAACUGCAGCGCGUCUGCUCCACGUCACUCACACUCGCUCACUCUCAGCGCAGUGCGCACUACAGAGUGAACACUGAUCCUCGUGCACACUGAGUGACAGAGAAGCGCGGGCUCGAACUCAGAUGGAAAAAGCAGCAGCUCCGACGGACGACGAGAGAAUAACGCUGCGCACACAGUGAAAGAGUCAAGAGUCCCCUGCUGUCACCCAGCCUGCACCAUCAGCUACAAUGAGUGCCAAAUCGGCCCUCAACAAGGCCAUCUUUAUUCCCAAUGAUGAGAGGCUGCUGGCAGCCGUGCAGGUGAAGAGGAGGACGAAGAAGAAGAUCCCAUUCUUAGCUACAGGAGGCCCUGGUGACUACACCACGUUCAUUUGCUUAUCAGUGACCAAUCAGAAGCCAGCGCAGGCUUUCCUCACGAAGGUGAAGCAGUUUGAAGGCUCGUCGUCUUUCGUCAGGAGAUCACAGUGGAGCAUCAGUCAGCUGCGGCAGGUCAACGGCAUCGACUCCGUCCGAGAUUGCCCAGAGUUUGACUUGAUAUUUGACAAUGGAUCCGACCAGUGGACUGCAGGUUCAGCUGGAGAGAAGUGCAUGUUUGUCCAGAUCCUGCAUCACACGUGUCAGCGGUUCAUCCCCGAAAGAAAACCAGAGUUCAUCAACUGCCCCUCCAAACUGCUGGGAGGGAACAGUGUCCUGCACGAGGCAGCAGACAGUGUGAGCAGCGCGGUGCAGAAGGCCAGUCAGGCGCUGAAUGAGCGCGGCGAGAGACUGGGACACGUGGAGGAGAAGACGGGCCAGAUGAUGAACAGCGCACAGCAUUUUGCCGACACUGCACACAAGCUUGCCAUGAAGCACAAGUGUUAAGCCUUUGCCACCUUUGCUGGAAUUAUUGGAGAAUCUGGUACAAAGUCCUCACCCCGCUCACCCUCUGCUAUCAGAGCGCGUUUCUGGACGUGCAUGAAGUAUCAUAUAAAGGAUAAGUGUGUAUCUACAUGA